GUGAACGGUGAAGGCAAUGGUCCUGGCAAAGCGUCCUGCUUUAGGAGGGAGACUUUUGCACUGCACAAAAGCCAGGGAAACACUCGUCGCUGGAAUGAACCAGAGCUCUCAGGCACUCGCCGUGGAUUAAAACCGAAACUUUUACGAUGGCUCUGAACCUGAAAAAGUAGCGCGAGAAGCAGCACGCUAACCGCCGUCACUACCACCACCACCACCACCAACGGACCUUCUACUGCAAAGCAACUCCUAGUAGAUGCACGGCCACUGCUGAAAAAUAUGCUCCAGCCAAGCCGCCUCAACCCCGGCUCCAGUCACAAAUUCCCAGUGUGCUAACCAGUUUCGUGAGACAAUCACCGGCCUCCUCUUUACGUUUUUUUAAGCUUCUUACCUUUAAAGUCCGCUAUACAAGUCCACAACCCACCUGAGAGAGAGAGAGAGAGAGAGAGAGAGAGACAGAGAGAGCGAAUUAUGGCAGGGAAGCUGACAGCAACGCAAGGCACAGGAAUACUGCUGGUGACAGCCAACGUUGGAUCCCUGUUCGAGGAUCCUGAACGUCUCCAGGAAACAUGGCUGACAGAGUUUUAUCAGACAGUACAGUCGCACAAGCCGCACUUCGUGGCACUGCAUUGUCAGGAGGUUGGUGGGAAGAAUUAUGAGGCGUCCAUGUCACAUGUGGAUAAUUUUGUGAAAGAGCUGUUGUCCAGUGAUGUCAUGAACGAGUACAGCAGAGCCCGCGUCUACCUCGAUGAGAACUACAAAUCCCAGGAGCAUUUCACAGCUCUUGGAAGUUUCUACUUUAUCCACGACUCUUUGAACAUCAUCCAACAGUUUGAUUUCAAAGCCAAGACAUUUAUAAAUGUGAGUGGGAAAGAAAUCUACUCAGAGACACUAGAAAGCACACCCACACUGGAGAAGGAGAAGUUUCCACAGGACUACUUUCCAGAGUGCAAGUGGUCCAGAAAGGGAUUCAUCAGAACUCGAUGGGUCGUGGCUGACUAUGCCUUUGACCUGGUCAACAUCCACCUUUUCCAUGAUGCUUCCAACAUUGUGGCCUGGGAGAAAAGCCCCUCAGUCUACUCCGGGACCAGGCAGAAGGCACUGCGCUAUGUUUUAGGCAGGAUCACGGACCGGCGGUAUGACAAGCUGCCAUUUUUUGUCUUUGGUGACUUUAACUUCAGGUUGGACUCCAGGAAAGUUGUUAAUCAUCUCUUCUAUAACGGCAAGAUGCAGGUAGUCAGACCCGACACUGAAGAUCAGAGGGUGAUAUUCCGAGAAGGUGGUAAUGACCAAAAGGUUACUCUUGAAAUUGAAAAGAAGCUUUUUAAGCUUUCCAACCUGGAACUUUUCCCAGAAGGCAAUGGGACCUCAUUUUUAGAGUUUGACAGAGAGCUGUUGGCAUUCAAAGAUCGUCUGCAUGAACUACAGAUCACUUUCCCGCCAAGUUAUCCGUACAGUGAAGACAGCAAUCAGGGGAAGCAGUACAUGAAUACCAGAUGCCCCGCCUGGUGUGACCGAAUCCUUAUGUCUCCCUCUGCCAGAGACCUGUUCUUUAAGCCUGAAAAUGAAGACAGUUGUGUAGUGUAUGAUAACAUUGGGGCCAGUGUCUGCAUGGGGGACCACAAGCCUGUCUUCCUGUCCUUCCGAAUAACAGCGGGGGCAGGUAAACGUAAUGCAAAUAAGCGAAAGUGUUGUGUGGUGCAGUGAUGUCGUGGGAAGUGUUGCCAAAGGGGGGAGAACAUAUUCCGUGAAGCGCCUCUGUGAGAACACCCGAGAAACAAACAGGACACCACAGACACACCACCGCACGCACAAACACUCACACACUUUGCACAAGCAUACACUGAAGAACCUAGACAAACUUUUUUUUCAGCAGUGCUGACCAGUUGCAGUAAUCCGGACGCCUCAUCCAUAUAAAAACCCGACCGCUUUCUUCCUGUAAAAAAACACUUGCCGAGAUGUGGACGAGCCACCCGAGGGCCCGGCUCCAGACAAGAUACACAUCGCUGACCUCACCGUUGCCAUGCAACCCUCCCCCAUUCCCCAGAGAAAAGGACGACCGGACGGACAGACGGGCGACUCUCUUCCACGCCACAGCCUCAUUGCCAAAACUCUAAUUGAACACAGUCCUACUACAUCCUUUUAGACACCCUACUUGGCAUUUUUAGGUAUGCCUCUAUGUAUAGAAGCUACUUUCCAUACAGUAUGUAAGGUGUUUUAAAAAAAAAAAAAUGAAAGAAAAGUGCAAUGCAAAAAAAGUUGUAUAUCUAUAUUGUUAGGUUUAUUUGUACAUUGGACAGUAUAAAAUAGAAUUGUUGAUGGUUUUAGUGCCGUUCUCUUCUCUGACCAAACUUU